GCCAUGGAUACGCCCCGAGCGGCCAAGGCACAGUGUCCCUGGCGUCCAUGCCUCACAGGCCUGCUGCUGCAGCUGCUGUUGGCUCUCUGCUUUUUCUCCUACAUCCGAGUGUCCUACGACCAAACCAGGCCCCCAACUCCUGGUAGCUCCCCAGGACCAGCCUCCACCCCAGCCACCCCUGUCCCCAGGCCCCUCCUCAUCUUACUGUGGACAUGGCCCUUCCACAAUCCAGUGGCUCUGUCCCCCUGCUCUGAGAUGCUCCCAGGCACGGCCGAUUGCCAGCUGACCACCAACCGGGACCUGUACGCCCAAGCAGAUGCCGUCAUCAUCCACCACCGCGAAGUCAGCGCCAAUCCCAGGUCACAGCUGCCACUUCAGCCAAGGCCACCAGGCCAGCGCUGGGUGUGGUUCAGCCUGGAGUCACCCAGCCACUGUAGCCGGUUGUCAGACCUGGACGGUCACUUCAACCUCACCAUGUCCUAUCGCGCUGACUCUGACAUCUUCACGCCCUAUGGCUGGCUGGAGCCGUGGCCAGAGCCUCCAGUCCAAACCCAGGUCAACCUGUCUGUCAAGACUGACCUGGUGGCCUGGGCUGUGUCCAACUGGAACUCCAAGUCGGCUCGGGUGCUGUACUACCAGAACCUUCAGAGUCACCUCCAUGUGGACGUGUAUGGCCGAGGUCACAUGCCGCUUCCCCAAGGGGACAUGAUGGAGACACUGGCCAGGUACAAGUUUUACCUGGCAUUCGAAAAUUCCCUCCACCCAGAUUACAUCACAGAGAAGCUGUGGAGGAAUGCUCUGGAAGCCUGGGCUGUGCCUGUGGUCCUGGGGCCCAGCAGGAAGAACUAUGAACGCUUCCUGCCCCCUGACGCCUUCAUCCAUGUGGAUGAUUUCCAGAGCCCAAAGGACCUGGCUCAGUACCUGCAGGAGCUAGACAGAGAUAGCCUGAGGUACCAGCGUUACUUCCGCUGGAGGAAGACGCUUAGGCCUCGCUUGUCGAGCAUGUCCCUUGCCUUCUGCAAGGCAUGCAGGCAGCUGCAAUGGGACCAGAGGUACCAGACAGUCUCCAGUGUGGCCUCUUGGUUCCAGUGAGGUUGCUGGCCAGGGUCCUUCGGUCAGUGUCCUACCAAA